ACUGUCAGAAUACUGAGUAAAAAUAUUAUUCAAUGUUUUUGUGUUCUGUAGUAAUAAAAAAUUCUGUCUAUUAUACUCCUCAUUACACUUUAUAUUGUAGUACGGUUGUAUUAUAGAUCAGAUACUGGUACAACUUAUUCCACAUUUAAUCUCAUUUUGAUUUGUUCUUGAAUCUAUUUAGGUAGUCAUGUCCAGCAGCAAAGCUGUCGAAAAGUCUGCCAAGAAAUUGGUUCAAAAGUGUCUACCGUUCAAGUUGGUAAAUUCGCCCGGUGACGAUGGUAAUUCCAAGUGUCGUAAACGGAAACUGAGUGGCACCGAAAAUGACGAAACACGGGUUGAAAAUCCUAAAGUUGAACUGCUCAAUGGAGGGACCAAGUGUUUUAUUAAAUCUGAAGAUGAAGAUAAGAAAAAAACCGAGGAAACAAGUGAUGGGGAUAUAGGUGCUAARGAAUCUGUUAGUUCAGAUAUAACUUUAUCUGACAACAUAAUUAACAAGGUGAAUGAAGAAAUAAAUGAUGYGGAUACUUUAAAAUUUGAUGAAAGCAUCAAAGAUGUUGAUGACACCAUAUCUACUUCAUCAGAUACAGAUAUUGCUUGUCAYGAUACAUCAGUAAAUUCAAUUUCUGAUACUAAGAAAUUAGAAAAUACUACACCACCUUCAAAGAAGCUUACCCCACAACAAAUAUUAAGAAAACAAGAAUCAGCAAAAAAAAAUGAAGAAAGACAAAGAAUUAAACAGGAAAAAUUAAAAGCUCGAGAAGAAAAACUCAAAGAACAAGCUGAAAAGCAACGUUUAAAAGAACAAAAAAGAAAUGCUGAAAUUGAAGCCAAACGACUACGUGAUAUAGAAAAAAAACAAAAAGAAGAAGAAAAAAAAGCCAAAGAGUUAGAAAAAGAACUAGAGAGAAAACAAAAAGAAGAAGAAAAAAAAGCUAAAGAUUUGGAGAGAGAAAAAGAAAAAAAGCAAAAAGAAGAUGAAAGAAAAGCAAGAGAAUUAGAAAAAGAAAAACAAAAAGAAAAAGAAGAAAUGGAAAAGAAAAAAAAAGAAAAGCUCAAAGCUGCUUUUGUUGGGUUUUUUAAACCUAAAAGUUUGAAUUUGGAUAUUUCUAAAAAAGACGAAGAGAUCAUUAAUCAAGAACUAGAAACUUAUUUCAUGCCUUUCCAGACUAAGCAAGACAUGAAAAUUGCACCAUUAUGUAGAGCAUAUUUAAAUAGUGAURGUAAAAAAAAUGUAGAUAAAUAUAUUAGUCACUGUGAACAAAAUACAGAUUUAUUGUAUUUAAGUUUAUUAAAAACUCGAAAACACAAGCCUUCUAAGUCUGAUGCRACUUGGCCCGUUCAUAUUGAAAAUGAUACAGAUGUCAUCAUAAUUGAAACUGGUUCAACUAAUGAUGAAGAUGUGAAUAAAGUUGAUACUUUUCUUAAAAACAAUUCUCAAAAAUGCCGGUGGAAACUGUUACAGUUUGAUGAAAACAAGCGUCCUCCCUAUUGGGGAACAUGGAGAAAAAAAAGUCUUUUUGUUAAACCAAAGAGGCCAUUUGCUUGUGAUAAUAUGAUGUUUGACUACGAAAUUGAUUCUGAUGAUGAGUGGGAAGAAGAAGAUCCUGGUGAGAGUAUACAUGGAACAGAUAACGAAGAAGAGCCUGAGGAUGAUUAUGAAGUUGAUAAUGAUGUUUUUGUUCCACAUGGAUAUUUAAGUGAUGAAGAAGGUGACCAUGAAGGCGACGACAAUGAUACUGAAGAAGCACAAAAAGAAAAAUUAAAGCUUCUAGGGGAAGAAUUUGAAGCAGAAAUCAAGAAAAAAACAGAACGUAUCAAGCCAAGGCUAGUUGGUUGUAUAUGGAUACCGAAUAAUGUUACCAACCCUAAAAAUGUUAGUAAAUCUGUAGCGGACACAUUACUAAAAUAUCGUUGUAUUUGGGACGAGGAAGAACCUAUUGUAACAAAAGCACAGAUCAAAGUAGAGUCACCUAAGGACCUAACUGCUACUGAAAACAAAAAGACUAAAAUACUUCCUGAUUCAAUUAUUCCAGAUUUAAUUACAUUUAUACAUGGCAAUACAAAUGGUAUGAAAUUAGCUGUUAAGAAUUUUAUUGAUGAACUGGUAAAAAAUGGCCGAAAUACUGAUGAUGAUAACUCAAUCUCUUUAUCAACUGUUAAGAAAACUAUUAAAACUAUUGCGACAAAAUCUACUCAUGUUGCUCCAUGGUGUGUAAGUGAAGAGAACUUUAAAAAAUAUGGAGUUGAGUAUCCUACAAAUGUUGAAAAUGAAAUUCAAAAACCAAAAUCUUCCACAAAAAAAAUAACCAGUUUUAUGACAUCUCAAAAUCAAAAAACAUUAGCCAAUUUAUCUGAAAAGCCAUGUGGGGAAAUGGAUCAAGAUGUGAUUGAGCCUAAGAAAGAUGUUUUUAUUCCAAAAAAUCUUUUCAACAAUAUAGAGAGUUCAAAACCACCAGUAUUGGACAUAGUUAAGGAAGGACAAAAAGUCAACAUAAUUGGAGGCAAAAAAAGGAUUACGCCUAUUCUUUUAUCACCAAAAAAAAAAUUUAAAUCAAUAGUAGACAGAAAAUUUAAAGAGAAAUCAUUGAGUCCUGACUUAGAAGAGGUCUGUGAAGAUUUACCUAUCACUAACAUUAAAACUGUAUGAAAUCCAUUAAUAUUUCUACAAAAUGUAGGUGUCUUACAAUUAGCAUUGUUAAUACGUUUGUUUAUAUGUUAUUUAUAUUCUUUCAAUUAUUUUAAUAUUUAUAACUUUUAUUAAUUAAUAUAAGAAGUUUUUUUUUAUAGUUUUACUGUAUUGUAACAUUGAAUUUGCCUAGCACAAUUCAAUAAUGAAUUGAAAGGAACCUUUUAUGAAUAGUUUAUUCUUUUAAUAGUGUCAGAUUAUUCUGUAGAAAUUGUGAAUUCUUCAUAGAUGAUUAUUUAAUGAACAGCUAACAUAAAUUAUUGUAUAAUAUGAACCAUUAAAAACCAUCAUAAAAAUUACAGAAACAAAAAGAWCAUGAAUAAUGCGCUUAUAUUAAAAUUUUUAAACAUGUCUGAGGUAUCAAWUUAAAAGUAGAUUUUAUGAAAAAUACAUUUUUUAACAUGAAUUAUUUAUUAAGUACUAACU